AUGCGCGAUGCCCCCAAGGGUCGCGAGAUAUUUUAUGGCUCCUACUUGCUGUAUCAGUUGCUCUUUCUGGGCUGGCAGCGGACCUUACUGACCUUCCUGGAGUCCUACAUUGCCCUCGUACAAGAUGGAGGCUCUCCAACUUCGGAUUACUACCGCAAGGUAAUAGACGUAUUCGAUAUCUAUACCCAAAUGAGUGGCAUCCACUUCCGGGUGACCAAUGCUUGGCUAAAGGUCUCCUCUAUGAUGUUCAUCAGCGUUUAUUACACGGCACACGAGGCACCUAUACUUCUACUGCUUGUUCGCCUUGUCCGAGAUACCCUUAUUCACACGAGCUUUCUGCUGAUCAUGAAUAAAGUCGGCACUUGUCUAUAUCCCCUAGUUGCCAUUCUGCUAAUGGGUAUGGCCAGCGAUCGAAUGAAGCACUUGAGGCUCAGCUCUACUCAUCAGCUGCAAGCACCAGAGCUUCCAGCUGCAGCAAACUCUUUUCCCAUUCGUAACUUUAUUUGGAACCGGGGCUCUAUCUGCGAUCGAGAUCUGGUCUUUGACAUCUUUGUUUAUCUCAUCAUCAAUGCCACAACGUAUCUCCAGUUUUUGAUUGGUGAUAAUACAAGCAUAUGUAAAGAGGGCCUGUAA